CAAAUGACACAACCAAAACUCCAAAAUUAAAAAAAAACUUGCUGAUAUUAUUAUUCCCCUGUUUUUUCAUUCAUUCCUCUGUUUUUCUUCCAAUAAUUUUCAUUAAAUUAUUAAUUCAAUUCACUAUUUCAAGUUUAUUUGUGAUCAAAUUUAUAAGUUAAUUGUUUCAAAAAAAAAAAAAAAAAAAAUUUAUAAGUUAAUUUUUAAAAAGUCCCGAAUUUUUUGGAUUUUCAUUAAAAAGUAAAAAAAGGGUAAAAAUGAAGGAUGUUCAAGGAAACCCACUUCACCUAAAAUCUAUAAAUCAUAUUUCUCUUCUUUGUCGUUCAGUUGAAGAAUCCAUUAGCUUUUAUCAAGAUGUUCUUGGGUUUUUCCCAAUUAGACGACCCGGUUCAUUUGAUUUUGAUGGAGCUUGGCUGUUUGGGUACGGAAUUGGAAUUCACUUGUUACAGGCGCCGGAACCAGAGAAAUUGCCCCAAAAAACAGAAAUUAAUCCAAAGGAUAACCACAUUUCUUUUCAGUGUGAAAGCAUGGGAGCAGUAGAGAAGAAGCUGAAAGAAAUGGGGAUUAAGCAUAUAAGAGCAAGAGUCGAAGAAGGCGGAAUCUUCGUGGAUCAGCUCUUCUUCCAUGAUCCAGACGGUUUCAUGAUCGAAAUAUGCAACUGUGACAACCUCCCAGUGAUCCCUCUCUCGGGAGACAUGGUAAGAUCGUGUUCGCUCGUGAAAUUUGACCUCUUACAGCAGCAACAGAAAACCAGCCCUGUGGUCCAGCAGUAAAGAUUUACACAAUAUUGGGACCAAAUCAGGGGGUUGUGAAAAUGUGGUGCAUAUCAAUCUUGUAGGUUGAGAAGUUGAGGUCAGUCGAUGUCGAAAAAUUAUGGACCAUUUUAGUUAAGAUUAUAGGGAGAUGUUGGUAAUGUAAGAAGUAUUAUGUAUCAAAGUAAGGAGGACUUGACAGUGUUCUGGUUUUGUUUGGUUUAUGGGUUUGUGUUGUUAUAUUCUUGGGGGGAAUUUCUUCUUUCGCCCCAAAAUUUGGGGCGAAAGGCGAAAUGUCAAUGUUUUUUGCAAGGUGAAUAAUAAAAUAUGAUGUUCUAGUGAUUGGAAAAUGAAGAACAUAACUGUUAUUUUUCUCAUUA